UCCCCCUCCGCCCGGCUGGCUCCCUCCUUCCCCCUCCCUCCCGGCUCCUGAACUCCAGCCCCUCUCUCUCUAUCAGCCGCUCACUCUGUCUCAAUAUGUCUCAAGAUGGCGGCCAAUGUGGGAUCGAUGUUUCAAUAUUGGAAGCGCUUUGAUUUACAGCAGCUGCAGAGAGAGCUUGAUGCCACAGCAACGGUAUUGGCUAAUCGACAAGAUGAAAGUGAGCAGUCUAGAAAAAAGCUUAUUGAGCAAAGUCGUGAGUUCAAGAAAAACACUCCAGAGGACCUGCGCAAACAGGUAGCUCCGUUAUUGAAGAGCUUCCAGGGGGAGAUUGAUGCAUUAGGUAAAAGAAGCAAAGAAGCAGAGGCAGCCUUCUUGAAUGUCUAUAAGAGAUUAAUUGAUGUUCCAGAUCCAGUUCCAGCUCUGGAUCUAGGACAGCAGCUUCAGCUGAAAGUCCAGCGAAUGCAUGAUAUUGAAACAGAGAACCAGAAACUUAGGGAAACCCUAGAGGAAUACAACAAGGAAUUUGCUGAAGUGAAAAAUCAAGAGGUUACAAUAAAAGCGCUUAAAGAGAAAAUCAGAGAAUAUGAACAGACCCUGAAGAACCAAGCAGAGAGUAUAGCUCUUGAAAAAGAACAAAAAUUACAAAAUGACUUUGCAGAGAAGGAGAGAAAGUUGCAAGAAACACAGAUGUCGACAGCCUCGAAGCUGGAGGAGGCCGAACACAAAGUUCAAGCUUUACAAACAGCCUUGGAAAAAACUCGGACAGAAUUAUUUGACCUUAAACAAAAAUAUGAUGAAGAAACUACUGCAAAGGCUGAUGAAAUUGAGAUGAUCAUGACGGAUCUCGAAAGAGCAAAUCAGAGGGCAGAGGUGGCUCAGAGAGAGGCAGAAACCUUAAGGGAGCAGCUCUCAUCAGCUAACAAAUCUCUCCAACUUGCUACACAGAUCCAGAAGGCACCUGAUGUGGAGCAGGCCAUAGAGGUGCUGACGCGAUCUAGCUUGGAGGUGGAACUGGCUGCAAAAGAACGUGAAAUUGCCCAGCUCGUAGAAGAUGUCCAGAGACUCCAAGGCAGCCUCACCAAACUUCGUGAGAACUCCACCAGCCAGAUAUCACAGCUGGAGCAGCAGCUGACUGCCAAGAACAACACACUUAAACAACUGGAAGAAAAACUGAAAACACAGGCUGACUAUGAAGAGGUUAAGAAAGAAUUAAAUAUACUGAAGUCCAUGGAAUUUGCACCCUCUGAGGGCUCUGGUGCACAGGAUGCAUCCAAACCACUGGAGGUGUUGCUGCUGGAGAAAAAUCGCUCGUUGCAGUCUGAGAACGCCACACUGCGUAUCACUAAUAGUGACCUGAGCGGGUCAGCCAGGAGAAAAGGGAAAGACCAGCCUGAGAGUCAGCGUCCUGCAACCUUGCCGGCCUCCCCUUCUUCUCAGUUGCUCCGCAACACAGGGGAGCAGGCUUCCAAUACUAAUGGUACACACCAGUUCUCACCAACGGGUUUAAGUCGAGACUUUUUCAGCUCAUCCUUGGCAAGCCCCAGCUUACCCCUGGCCUCCACAGGAAAAUUUGCACUAAACUCUCUCCUCCAGCGACAGCUAAUGCAGUCCUUCUACUCCAAGGCAAUGCAGGAAGCAGGAAGCACAAGCAUGAUUUUUUCAACAGGUCCUUACAGCACAAACUCAAUAUCUUCCCAAAGUCCAUUACAACAAAGUCCGGAUGUUAAUGGUAUGGCCCCAUCUCCCAGCCAGUCAGAAAGUGCUGGGAGCAUCUCUGAAGGCGAGGAGAUAGACACAGCAGAAAUUGCACGUCAGGUGAAAGAGCAAUUGAUCAAGCACAAUAUUGGACAGCGGAUAUUUGGACAUUAUGUCUUGGGACUGUCACAAGGGUCUGUGAGCGAGAUACUAGCCCGGCCAAAGCCAUGGAAUAAACUGACUGUGAGAGGCAAGGAGCCAUUUCACAAGAUGAAGCAGUUCCUCUCAGAUGAGCAGAACAUCCUGGCCCUACGCAGCAUCCAGGGUAGACAAAGAGAGAAUCCAGGCCAGAACCUGAACAGACUAUUUCAGGAAGUACCGAAACGAAGAAAUGGGUCUGAAGGUAACAUCACCACAAGAAUUCGAACCGCAGAGACUGGCUCUGAUGAAGCCAUCAAAUCCAUUCUAGAACAAGCCAAAAGGGAGCUGCAAGUACAGAAAACAGCUGAGCCGGCUCAGCCACCUUCUGCAUCUAGCAGUGGCAAUUCUGAUGAGGCCAUUCGAUCCAUUCUGCAACAAGCCCGACGUGAAAUGGAAGCACAGCAGGCUGCCCUUGAACCUGCCUUAAAAACAACACCUUUGUCUCAAGCAGACAUUUCCAUGUUGUCCCCAAAACUAAUAUCUACACCUGCAAUGUCUUCAGUUUCCAGUUAUUCUCCAUUGGCCUUGUCACUGAAGAAACAUUCAACUGUCAUGGAUUCUAAUAUGUCUGCAUUGCAGAACCUCUCUGGGCUAAAAAAGGAGCACCAGGAAACACCAGUUUUAGAGCUUCAUGGAAUAACUGAUUCUGCACAGGGUGUGCUGAGGCAUGUUAAAAAUGAAUUGGGACGUGGUGUUUGGAAGGACCAUUGGUGGAACACUGUUCAGCAUGACAGAAGAAGUACCACUCUUUCUGAAGAUACAAAGGUUGAGGAAGCCAGCAGUGGAAAAGAAAAGGUCAGCAGCCAGACAAGGUCAGAUCGUAGCCAACUCCAAGGACCAUCCUCUUCAGAAUACUGGAAGGAGUGGCCAAAUGCUGAAUCUCCAUAUUCCCAGAGCUCUGAAUUGAGCAUGACUGGGGCAAGCCGCAGUGAGACACCACAAAAUAGCCCCCUUCCUUCCUCUCCUAUUGUACCUAUAUCAAAGCCAUCCAAACCCUCAGUUCCUCCAUUGACACCUGAGCAGUAUGAGAUUUACAUGUACCAGGAAGUGGAUACAAUAGAGCUAACUCGUCAGGUCAAAGAAAAGCUAGCAAAGAAUGGCAUCUGCCAAAGGAUCUUUGGGGAAAAGGUGUUGGGCCUAUCCCAAGGGAGUGUCAGUGACAUGCUCUCCAGGCCAAAGCCAUGGAGUAAAUUGACGCAAAAAGGCCGAGAACCAUUUAUUCGUAUGCAGCUCUGGUUGAAUGGUGAGCUGGGACAGUGUGUCCUGCCUGCACAAGGACAGCAACAAGGACAAGUCCUCCACUCAGUGACAUCACUGCAGGAUUCCCUACAGCAGGGAUGUGCAAGCUCAGAAAGCACUCCAAAGACCUCGGCCAGUUGCAGUCCUGCUCCUGAGUCUCCUAUGAGUUCCAGUGAAUCAGUGAAGAGUCUGACUGAAUUGGUACAGCAACCCUGUCCUGCUAUAGAGACAAGUAAAGAUGGCAAACCACAAGAAUCAAGUGAGCCACCUGUUUCUGAAUCCCAGUCGACAACACCUUUGCCUCUCUCGGGCCAUUCAGCACUUAGCAUUCAAGAACUGGUUGCUGUCUCUCCUGAAUUGGACACAUAUGGCAUUACGAAGAGAGUUAAAGAGGUGUUAACAGACAACAACCUUGGUCAGCGAUUGUUUGGGGAGACAAUCCUAGGGCUAACGCAAGGCUCAGUCUCAGACCUCCUGGCUCGCCCAAAGCCCUGGCACAAAUUGAGUUUGAAGGGACGGGAGCCCUUUGUCCGCAUGCAGCUGUGGCUAAAUGAUCCCAACAAUGUGGAGAAAUUGAUGGAUAUGAAGCGAAUGGAGAAAAAAGCCUACAUGAAACGACGGCACAGCUCAGUUAGUGACAGUCAACCUUGUGAGCCCUCUUCAGUUGGAAUAGACUAUAGCCAGGGAGCCAGCCCACAGCCACAGCAUCAGCUAAAGAAACCACGAGUAGUGUUGGCACCAGAAGAGAAAGAGGCUCUAAAACGAGCAUAUCAGCAAAAGCCAUACCCAUCGCCAAAAACCAUUGAGGAACUCGCUACACAGCUCAACUUGAAAACCAGCACAGUGAUCAAUUGGUUCCACAAUUACAGAUCUCGCAUCCGUCGAGAGCUGUUCAUUGAAGAAAUCCAAGCAGGAAGCCAGAGCCAGGCUGGAUCAAGUGACUCUCCUUCAGCCAGAAGCAGCAGGGCAGUUCACAGCUCUGAGGGAGACAGUUGUGAUGGUGUGGACACAGAAGGCCCACCUGAAGGAAAGCAAAGUGGUCUGGAGGUGGACGAGUACAGCAAUGCAACCACAAAGUCUCAGGGAGGGCAAGCAGAGUCAGCUUUUGAAGUGGGGGAAGAGGUACCACAAGAUGCCAGAUCAUCAGAGAAAACAGAGUCAUUCCAUUUGGGAAUGGAGAGCCUGGAGGAUACUGAUGAUGAGGGUAGGCUCAAAGCACCACGUCAGAGUUCUCCGCCAGGGUCUCAAAGUUCAGGAGAAACUCUGGAGACAAUGCCAAACUCUGCUACAGAAGAGGAUGCCUCUACCUCAGCUGCCUCCACCUCAGUCCUUACAGGGGAGAGCUCCUUCAAAUCAAAAGAAAGUUCAGAGAAAAUAUUGAGUGUGCCAAGUACAAGUUCCACAUUGGCUGCAGGCUCACAGAAAGCCAAUUCUAUUCAGAGUUUAUUCAGCUUUUCCGAGGUAGCAAGCUCCAAGAACACGCGGGACAACACCUUGAGGAAAAAGAAAGCAGCAAACUUGAACAACAUAAUACACCGUUUAGAGAAGGCCGCUAGUCGAGAAGAGCCCGUUGAAUGGGAAUUUUGAGAUUAAACUCACCCAACUCUAGAGAGCUGGGAAAGUUAAACUGGACUUCUACUGGUUUAUUGUGUUGCGCACUUACCGCCCUGCAGGCCACAGGGCAAAAACGCCAUAGGCCAAGGUGCAUAUAGAAAACAAAAGGAGCGUAAAGCCCAAUUUAUGUUUGUGUUUUCAAGGAAGAAAACUGAAAUGUGUGGUCAAGCUUUUUUGUACCCUGAAGUGUUUUUAUUAAUGCCCUAAGUGAUUUCCACAAUUUCUGGAAUAACUCAUACAGCUUUGCCUUGUGCCCUCCUCUUUGGUGUGGGCUUUAAAAAAACAAAAACACAAAAAAAAAUCAAACCCACAUAUUUAAAGGGGGCUUUUUAUCUGCCAUCUAAUGGCUACAGAGCGAUAAUACACUAUUAUCUUCUUAAACCAGGAAAAAAGGGGAGAUUUUUCAAAAAGGAAAAAUAAAAAGUUUUUUGUAGCUGUUCAGUUGCCACUAAGAGAUUGCACAGUCAACCGACUCUAAACACACUAGUUUGGAUUCCUAAAUAUUUUCAAGAAAAGAAAAGAAUUGUGUUGUUUGAAACUUUGAAUUAAAAAAACCACAUGUACUCCACAUAUUUUUUAACAAAACAAAAAAAGUCACAUCAGGAAAAUAUCUUAAUUUGUGGUAGCUGACUUAGUGUUUUCUUGUAAGUGAAAUAGAAUAUUGACACGUAGUGCACAUUGUUUCAUAGCUUUAACUGAUUCUGGUCUUUUGCAGACCAGAAUUUGUUUAAUACACUCCAUUUUAGGCCAAAUCAGGACAAAAAAAAUCUGAAUCUAGGUAUUUUAUAAUCUGCUUUUUAACCUCUAACCACAGAGCACGCUGAUCAGACCUCAUAUCCAGGAGGUUUAGGAGACAACUUAGAAUAGCAUGUACUUGAUCAUUUCAUUUGACUUGUAGUAUAUCUAGUACCUUUUUGUUUAAGAAAGAGAAAUGAAAAAAGUUGGCCAGUAACAUUUCAGCCUGCAGCUCUGAGGACAUAUUUUACAACCUGAAGCAUUCAACUAACUUGAAAUCAGUUAGUUUCAUUUACAUGUGUAACUGAUAACACACACCACUAAGAAGGAAUUGGGGCCUGCCUCAGAUGAAGAGAUUUCUUCCUACAAUAGGUUGCCCUUUACUGACUCUCUUCCCACCAUAAGCACUGAUUUAAAUGUUUUAGUUUGUGGGAAGUUUAUUUUUGUGUAGAAAAAGAAUACAUUGCAGGUAUCAGAUGGGGUUUGACCAAGAUGUAAAUAGCCCAAACUCCAAACCAAAAUACUCGUGCUCUGGAAUCCAAGUCCAGACUAUUCCACCCUUCGGAAAUUUAGCCUCUUCAGAUUAUUUUAUGCACAGCAUAAAACUGAUCAAAGUACAAAUCAAAUUCUGACUUGUCUCUAACUCCUCCUGUUGUCUAUAUGUAUAUGCGUGAGCAUAGAGGUGUGUGGAAGGAUGUGUGUGUGUGAGUGUGUGCGUGCAAUUUUAUACGUCUGUGUAUUUUCUUAUGUACUUGUGCACACAUAGAGUGCAUUACUGCCACCUUUUUUCAAUAAGCUGUUUUAUCAGUUAUGGCUUCUACAAGUUUGCUAAUUUAGACUCCUUUAUUGCCAUAUCUUUAAAACUAACAAUAGAUGAUUUCGGUAUAUAUAUAUAUAUUUUUUUUUGCUUAUUUAUAGGUGCUGUAUUUUAUUAUCUGAUUGUUAGGAAGGGAUGAAAGGGGGCAAAUAUUCUUUAGAGGGAUAGACUGCCGGCAGUAUUGGGUAUAAUUUACAAGAUGUAGUUGUCAUACUGUAUAUUAUUGAUUGAAGACUUUUUGACCGUAUUGUGUAUCAUUGAAACCUUUGUCUUAGGUCAGCAUCUUUUGAUGACACUUUAAUGGUGCAUUCAUUACUUCUUAAGUUUAAUUAAUAUUACUUUUUUGAUUUUUGGAGGGUGGGGAAAGGAGUUCCAAUUUUAAAGGUAUGCUCCCAAUAUUACACCUCAGUGUGCUUGUAUUAAUUAACUAAUAGGACUUUGACUGUACGAUGUGAACCCACAUUUCUUGCAUGAUGUUUUAGAAGUGAUGUAUUUCAUUUACAGUCUCAAUGUGCAACAGCAGCACUUAGUUCAGGUUUUCACAAAUUAAGCGUCACUACACUAUUAGCCUUUUCAUGAAUGCGAAAAGAAGGCUCUAGGAGGCUGAAAGGCAGAGAUUUAUUUACCUGUUUUUACUGUCACAGUCGUUUCAAAUUACCUGCUUGGGUAACCAGAGACUUAGCUUGUGGUGCACGACUCAAAUUUGAUAAACAGAGACCACAACUAGCCCUUUCUGUGGUGAGCUGAAGAGAAAAUUAGGAACAUGUGAUUGCAUUAUCUAGAAUCACUGUGACUUCUACUUAAAGAGACAUAACGUUUGGCUGAGAAAACUUCCAGAAAAGGACAUGGUAAAUCAAAACAUUACCAUUAGAAAUCUUCUCUUCACCAUAGUGUCUCCUUAAAAGCAAAUGUUUUGACUUGGUUUAUAAAAGUCAUCUCCAUUUAUGAAUGUGUGUCCCAUUCAAAUAUAUGUACUUGAACAUGGGUAACAAUGAAAUAUAAACAUCUUCAGUUCAGCCAAGAGACAGAACUUAUAAUUAGACAAAUCCAGAUAUUGUCUUACAUUCUAACUUAAUCAGUUUUCUUUGUUUACAUUAGAACAAUAUAUUUGCCAUGCGUUGCCACCCUCUAUUUCUAGCAGGUUGAUAUCUGGGUGCUUGAUGCAGUCAAGUGGUUAAAUUUUGCUUGCUUGUAGGUUAUGGGCUUUUUUUGUUUUGUUUGUUUUUUUCCUAUUUAUUAUUUUGCUUAAUUAAGGUCCCCAGACCUGUUUUUGAAUAAGUGUGUCUGUUUAUUGCAUUCAAUAAUGCUUACUGAGAGCUGUCACUGAAAGCAAAAUUUUAUUAAUAGGAUGAACCCAAAUGCAGCAGUAAGGGUUAAUCUCUCUUCUUGAUAAGCAAUACUUAAGUGCCUUCAAAAGUAUCCUUUUUGUUCUUUCGUUUUGUAGUUUUCAGGUUUCUGCUAAUUACAUUAGAGGAGCCAAACACUCAAAAAUGUCUGCUUAUUUUUGUUAAUGCUAUGUCAAUUUUCUAAAAGCAUAUUUGUAGCUCUCCUGUAGAGGAUGUUUCCUUUAUAACACUAACAGUGAAAUGUAAACUCUAUUAUACCACUUACAAUGCAUAGAAUUUUGUUGAAUGAAGACAGCACUUGUAAUUCAUAAAUCACCCCAUUCUGCCAAGGGCUGUCAUCAGUAUUUAUUAUAAAAUUAGUCAGAUAAAAUGCUCUUGGUAUUCCCUAUAUUUUGGCACUUUAUUAAUGCUUUAGUUCCUUUUGUCAUUUCAUGCAUAAUAUCAUACGUAGAAAGUACGUAAAACUAUUAGAAUGCCAUUGGGAUGACUCCAAGCUUCCAGUUAGGAAUCACGUUACAAUUCUUUGACAGAUACCUUACCUUACUCUCCUGUUUGGAGAUUUUUUUCCUUACUAGUUUUCCAAAUUGGCAAGACCUCCCUGGUUGAAAAAGGGUUAAAUUGCAUCUGUGGUGAAUGAUUUUUAGCUAUAUUUCUUCAUGGUAAUGAAGGAUGUUGUUUAAAUUUAAUGUUGUUGGGGAAAUUAGUAUUACGCUCCUAGUCUUCAUUACCUGAUAAAGAUCUACUGGGGAAGUAAUGUAAAAAGAGUUGGACUCUUCAGUGCUUUCUAGUUGUUAAUUAGUUGAGAGUAACAAAGGUGAAAGGAUGUAUAAGGUGCCACAUGUUCAACAUGUGGGGCUGUUCUCUAUGCACAGUUAUAUUAUAGAGUUAAGACGACUGAAAAUGGAGCACUUGCUGAAGGCAUGCUGUUCAGUACUUUUCCAGAUAGAUAAAAGCACAUAUAGGUCUCUAGCAUUACAGGUUUUCUGCAGACUGUUUCCAUUUUUAUGUUCUUUAAAAGCCUUUUUUAAAAACCCUUGUUUCUCUUUAUAGUUCAGACUUUGUCUAAAGCAAUGGAGGGAUAGGCCCCAGGCUGUUUUAACAAAUAUUUUUAUACUGAUGGUAAAAUUCUGUCAUUUUUAUCUCUGGACGGAUAGUGCUAAAAGGAGAGAACAAUAUUGAGAUUUAAUGAAGUGUGAUGGUCUCUUUUAUUAUCGUGUUAAUGGAGAGCGGAUGAAGCGUGCCUCUGAUUAUAAUUGUUCCAUUUUUAUAAAUACGAUUUUCUUUAUCUGUGGAAUCACAAGAUUUUUCUUACUGAUAACAGAAGAAAAAGGGUUUUGUUAAAGUAGCUAUUGAAUGCCAUAGAACUUGAUCAUUGUAGUUUAGCUUGCACUCCUGCAAAAUUUAUAAAUAGACUUUAUGGGUAGAGUCACUCCAUAAGGAGCCUUGCAUUGGUAUGCUCUAUCCAUAUCAUCUGUCCAGGAGCUGUUUCACAAUAAGCUCUUUACUAGAAUAAGAUGUCUCAAAGUAAACAUCGCAUGCCUUUCUCGUUAGGUAAGAGGUUUUUGUAUUCAUUUUUAACAUAACCUUCAUGUGGGGAGGCUAUAGUGAAGGAGUUAAUGAACACUACAGAAUUCUAUGCAAUAUUCUCUAGUCAUUAUUUAAAAACGUUACCAUUUUGCAGUCUUUUAAAAGUGAAAACCGCGAUCUAGAGAGAAAGUGUGUCAUCUCAGUGUUUGCGCAAAGUGAAAUUAUAAUACUGAUUAAUUUAAAUAAAUUAGAGUUAGGGGAAAAUCUGACAGAAUAAUGUGAUAAAUAUAAUAAAAAAGAUUGCAGUCCCCACUAGCAAUGCUGCAGUCCAGGGUCUGUCAGAGUUUCCAUCUUAAAAUCCCUAAUUUCAAGGGUUUUAGAACUCUGCUGUAAAACGAAAAAAAUUGCUCUUGGCAGGAACUUAGUAGUUUAGAAAUGGAAAAACAUUUUGACCAUAUUUAAAUUAUAAAAAUACCAAAAAAGUAAUUGGUUUCAGAUGCAUUUUUGCACUUAAAUCCAAAACAGCUUCCUUAUUUAAACUGAAAUGUCAUUAGUAAUAGGGACUAAUGCCGUCACCAGGGUUACUAAGAAAUCAGCAGUGUUAUGUAGCAAAGUGAUUCAUUGUAAAUGCAAUAAAUAAAUAUAUUCAUAAAGAUUUUUGACAUGCAGAUGGAGGAUCUGUUUGUUUCUUCUUUUUCCUUUUAAGCAAGUGAGUUCUUUAAAUCAUCUCUCUUGCUUAUAUUACAGCCCAUGUAUACUGAGUCUUAAAAUCACUCCCUAUACUUGAGUUCCAUAGGUUCUAAUUGUGAGGAUUUCCUGUAGAUCGUAAGAAAGAUAUAGAGAGAGGAAGAAAAGCUGUCACUUGGUCUUAGGCCUGAUCUUAUGUCCACUGAAAUCAAUGGAAAGUCUUUCCUUUGAUUUCAGUGGGUUCAGCCCCUAACAAGACAUGCUGCUCAUAUCUGACCUUAUACAGACAUAACAAGUGUAAAACGCAGCAUUUAGUUUAAUUUACUAUUAUGCUAGGCCUUCCAGUCUCCAUGGCACAUUCUGUGGUCCCUCUGGCCAAGCACUAACAUGUCUUCCUCCAUGUCAUACAUACAAUCAAACAGUUUUAAAUUAAAGAGCCUGUAAAAAUUCUGUAUAAUAUAAGAUUUUCAAAAAGUACCGAGCAACUUAAAAUAUAACUCCAAAUUACUUUAAAUAAUGAAAAUAAACAUUAGCGUGGGACAGCUGGGUUCCAUUCUUGGCUCCGUCAUUGGGGUGACGUUGGCCAAGUCACUGCCUCUCUUUGCCUCAGUUUCCCCAUCAGUAAAAUGGGGAUAGUGAUACUGACCUCUUUUGUAAAGUGCUUUGAGAUCUAUGGAUGAAAAGCACUAUAUGAGAGUUUGGUUUGUAUUAUUCAUCUAAAAUCAUUUUAUUUUCUUCCCCUAUUCAUUUUUGUGGCUUUAAUAUAGUAGAUAUUGAAUAAACCAUGUAUUAAAUAUAUGUAACAAUAGACUUUUAAGAAAAAUAAGUCCAUUGUUACCAUAUCUAUCCAGAUACUAUUAUGGCCUUUAUCACCCCAGUAUCUGAGCUGCUAAAUUUUGUGUGUAAUGCAAUAUGCCAUAUCCUAUUAAUGUACAGUGAUUAAAAGACCCUCCUUUGGGGAGGGUCAGCUAUAGGCUCCUGCAGUCCUUAAAAACUCAGUUAAGCCCUGAAAAUAUAUCUUAAGUGGUGCUUUGGUUUUGUGAUGGCCCUCAGGUAUGAAUUUCAUCCUGAUAGAGCUGUUCUUUGGCAUACAUGAAAUGAAUUAUUUGGUCUCAGGUCAGUUCCUCAUAGAGAAGUGUUCAGAUCACAAAAAUUAACCAUACAACUUUUACUAAUUGGUACCCUUAUUAGCAUCCUCUGUAAAGGCCAAGAAUUGAUUGGCCGUGGAGACUAAACACCCUCCUCACCCCUUCUGUGUCAGGCCAAAGGCACGCUGACAGAGAGGGGGAAGCGUGCACUGCUGUACCUGUUGUGUGGAUAAAAAAUGGACUUGAGUCACCAGGGUUGUCAGUUCAUCACAAUUCAUGAGCAUAUUCAGGCACAAAUAUGUGUAGAAGGAAGAAUGUCUACUUAAAAAUUAUACGGGGAUUAUUUAAUCUUUUAUUUUUGGAUAGAUGUAUGCCAGAGGACAAGUUUUGCCAUCAUACAAGCAUGCAACUCCCAUUGACUUCAGUGGAAAUCAUGCAUGUCCAAGAGCACAAUCUAGAGCUCUUUCUAGAUUCUUUCUAUUACUAAAUCUGGCGACUUUGCUGUAUCACUUCAGUUUCUCUAUUAAACUGAAACAGUCAAGUGAGCCCUGACCAUAUAAAAGUAAAAUGACAAACAGUCAUAUUAGGAAACUAUCAUAAAUACUAACUGCUGCCCCACUUCCCCCAGUCCAUCCAUUAAAGGCAUAUCUAUGGCUGUUCAUUUUAUUUUUGGAGAUAUUUGUACUACCAAGUAAAGUACUCACUCAAAGAUCCCUGGAAAGUGGAGAAGAAUCCCAGGAAUUUCCUAAGUAGUGGUGACAGGAGUUCUUUGCAUAGUUACUGUGUAAUUUUGUGGUAAUGUUUGUAACAGCACAAUCUUUCUAUUGGUAACAAUAAUAUGUUAAUUGUGUUAUCACCUUCUAGCUGUGCAGGUCAAUAAUAUGCAUUUUUUAAAGUUUUUAAACACGUAUACUUACACUAUUCCUGUUUGGAAAAGUUGCUAAAUAUGUAGCAUAUUUACAAUAUAGGCCUUAGUGGCUCAGUAAGGAAUUGCUACAGUCUAUCAGGUAAAUUAUAUGCAUUGGGGCAUGGGUGGAUGGCAGGUUUAAAAAUGUUAUUUACAUGCUAAUAUGUAUAUUAAUGCAUAGAGUGCCAGUUUCCCACUUGCUAGGCAAAAUCCACAUUGCAAGAAAGUGACUGCAGGCUUCUGAGGGAUCAGAUCGUUUGAACAUGCGGGUUUAAUUAACAUGAAGAGAAAAAUUCACAUUUAGAAUACAUAAAAAUAAUUUCAAGGGUCUGGCUGAAAUGUACAAAAGCUAGAUAAUUUAGAACUAAGGAUGAAAUCAUGUCCUAAACUCGCUCUGUAACUGUAUAAAUAGGUUUUCUUUGAUAUGGCUAUCAGGAACCUCAUGUACUAAGCACUCUUCCUUGUACAAUAUGAGCUGCUAUGCCUACAUACAGUAUGGUCAGUUAAAGGGAGCAGGAUUCCAUCCUUUAAAAAAGGUUUUAAAAAAGAGAGAAUUUUUCAGUAAAUUAAACCAAGUGACAAAUCAAAACCAGCAAUUCAUCUCUGGUGCCCCUGCAUCCUUAAAAUUCUACUUCUGAGGUGUAUAUAACUGAAAUUGCAUAUUAUGAGUUCCUCUCAGGGGACUUUGUUUGCUUUGGAGGACUAAGCAUUUAACUGGCUUUAUAAAUCCAAUCCUACAUAUGUGGAACUAAGAAAAGUAUAUCUAGAUGUGUUAUAAGAUUGGUACUCAGGGUUCACUCUGCAUUUCUCUGGCUUUUGUUAGUUUCCAUUAGACCCUUAGUAUUAUUUGUGUGUAAAUUAAUUAGCUUUAAAGAAAGUGUUUCCAAAGCACCUAGUUACCUCUGAAUGCUAGUAUAGUAUAUACAGUAAGUGUUCUAGAUAAACUAGCUUAAAGGAGGGCAGGUGAAGAAUAAGCAACACAACUAUAUUGUGCUGUUGGGUGGGGGUUUUUUCUGUCCCCACUUUCCCCUCCAUAAGAUGCUUCCAUUCUUUUUUCAUCCUCGGGAAUGAAGAAGUUCACGGAUUUCCUGUUUGUUUGUUCUUGGGGGGGGGGCACGAGCGAGGGGGAGGGGAGGUUUUUUAUUAUUUUGAAAUGUUUUUAAUUUAAGCAAUAUUAUUACACAGUUUCCUAGAAGCGUUUAGCCUAUACUUCUUUCAUAAAAUGUACUAUUUAUCAAACUUUCUGUAAUCAGAAAGAUAACGUGCCUUAUCUUCUCAUCUCUUCAUUGAGAAUAAUCUAAAGCACAGUAAUCUAGAUUUCAGCAUACGCAAGAGCCUACUUUUUAUUUCAGAAGAAAAGACCAAUCAAGGUGCAUUUCAGUAGCCCAGGGCCACUAAUCCCUUUGAUAAAGAGCACUUAAUACUACUGUGCAUUUAAAACUUUGUGCAAUAGAAGUUCUAGUUUUAUAUUUAGGAGCUAACACACUGUACACCCAAUGUAGGCAAAUGUAAGCUUUAGUCUAGGAGGAUUCAGGUGACUGAAGAGUAUAUUCACACUGGUUAUAUUUGCAUGAUGACAUUUUGGAAUAAAUAGUCCACCAUUGUGCAACAAUCUCUCUUACAUUCAUAACAACAGUCUCUGAAAAAACAUACUAAUGGGUCUCUCAGUGAGCAUUUAAAAAACUUGAUUGGUCAAGCACCCAUGUGAUCUCCAGCUGUGGCUAACUUUCACCAUGUUCUUACAUAACUUUAAAAUAAGCACUUGUGUGUUCAUUUCAACUUCCUGAGCCAUUUCCUCUUCAAAUGGUGAUACAUCGUAAGGUCAUUCCAGUCUAACUGGGACUUGUGAAGAAUAGGGUUUUUUUUUCUCUACAUCACACUCCUACCUCCUCAGUUUGUACUAGCACUUGUUUAUUUCUAAAACUCACUCUUUACACAGCAACAUAUGUCUAAUUAUAUAAAAUUCAUUAUUAGAACAAAACAAAAUUCUGGUCUUUCCUAUUUAUAGUGAGAUUACUUUAAAAUGCCUUUCAGAGAUUUUUAUAUAAACACAACAGAAAUAUACAUAUCACUUCUUAUUGCUUAAACAGACAUAGAUGGUCCAAACUCAUUCUAUUCCGUUCUGUUUAGAAGAAUUGGCCUGCUCUGGGAAUUGGAUGGGUUGGCAUGUACUUAACUGAUUAAUACCCAUAUCAAUAUGUUGUGUUUUCUGGAGCAAUCCACUUAAAGGACUCUGUGUAAAUGUCUACUAAAUAUUUGUAUUUAAAUAUUAAAAACCAUUUAGUAUUGAGAUUUAAAAGACUCAGAAGUGAGGGAAGAGACUCCGAUAUAAAGAGAGACAAAAAAUACCGUAAGCCUCCUAGAGCCUCUGUUAAGAUUUCAUGAAGACGCAAUAUCCCUUUUUCAAGGUACAUUGCAAUCUGCUUAAGAGUAUUACUUUAAAACGAGAGACUGGUUUUCUAUGAUGUUCAUCUUUGUUGGCAUAUGUUUUAAUUUCUGCAUCCAUAACUAUUUUUUCUUAUAUAUAAAGUUGGCUAAAACAAUCUUGUGCAGCAACAACUCUUCCUGGUAUGAAAUAUGAAUAUACUAGCUGUAAAUUUGUAUCUGUGCUGGAGUUGUUUGGUUUCCUUGCAACGUAGAAACACAUUAAGACAAGCAUUCUGUGGGUAGGUAACAGUUUGAGAGAGAGCUGCUUAAGCAACAAGAGAAAUGUUGCUUUAGAAAUAGCCCUGUUUGUAUGAGGGAGGGAUGUGUCUGCUUGGGGGACGAUGUCAAGGGCCAUCAGUAAGCGCUGAACCAGCAUAAAGAGCCUUACAGAAGGCAAAGAUGUAAGGAGCUGGGAUUGUUGCAUGGCGCAUCACCUCCUCUGUGGAUUGGAAGCAAACUUGCACUUUGCCUCUUUUUUUUUUUUUUUGAGGAUGUCCCACUAAGAACAUCAGAUUAAUUUUUCAGAAAUAACAUUUUCCCAAUGCCGUGACUUUCUCCUUCUGGUGUAGUUAGAGGGGGGAGAGGCCCUACAUUAAACUAUUAGGUAAUUUCUGCGAAAGGUUUUCAUUUCUAUCUAUCAGAAUAGUCUAUGCAUUUCUGUGUUGAAAGCCGUUUCCUGCUGUUCCUUUUAAGAAAACAGGCACUGUCUGUCCCACUCUCUGUAAAUGCUCCAAGAAUGUCAAGUGUGUGAAUUUGGACGUUAAAUCCAAAGUAAAUUAAGACUAACUUGUUUGGGAGUGGAAGUGCUUUUGUUUUUUAAAAUUGUUUCCCUCAUGUCCCUUUUCAUUUUUAUUAAGAAAUUAACUCUUUGCAUUUGUGCAAUAACUACUUGCCAUGAUAAUGGGCAGCCUUUUGAAAUGAAUGCCCUGACUACUAACACAGCACAAGAUGAACUCAGACAGACAAAGUGGUGUACUUUUUCCUGAGAACUUUUUUGUUUUUAAGUAAUAAGCUGAGUUUUACCCCCGUGUAUUGUGGUGUCUUACAUUUUUAGCAGUAUUUUAUAUUUUUUUCUGUAACGCACUAAGUCUUAGACAUUUUUAGAGCUUGUUUGUUAUGUUCACAAUCACAGAUUUAAAAAAAAAUCCUCACAAAGAACCAAUUGACCAAAAAAAGUGUCAUUUUUUUUUUGUACAAGUAGCUUUGAGAAGCCCACAUUGUGUUGCUGUGACUCAUCUUUUGUAACAUUUUAUUUCUUGGUAUUUGUUUAAACAUAAAAGUAAAAGUUUAUAUGGCUGGCAGUAGCGGGGAAGUGCUCCCUCCGUCAGCGGAAUGGCAUUGUUUCUUCUGUCUUUGUUUGGUUAGCCAUAUAAUGUUUGUUCUCAGCACUGUACAACGGUCCCUAUAUGAUAUGGAGAAGCAAUAUCACUGUAUGAAACUCACAUGAUGUAUUAUUAUUAUUAUUCACUAGCACCCUAGGUGUGAUAAUUGAAGUAAAUAUCUUUUAUACAAACACAA